AUGGAGGAGGAGCUGAAGUGUCCCGUGUGCGGCUCUCUGUUUCGGGAACCCAUCAUCCUGCCCUGCUCCCACAACGUCUGCCUGCCUUGCGCUCGCACCAUUGCGGUACAGACCCCGGACGGUGAGCAGCACCUGCCCCCGCCGCUCCUGCUUUCCCGGGGCUCGGGGCUGCCUGCAGGCGCCGCUGCCGCCGCCGCCGCCGCUCCGACCCUGGACCAAGACGCGGCUGCAGGGCCGGCCUGCGGCGGUACAGGCGGGGGCGCAGGGGGCGGCCUGGGCGGCGGCGCGGGAGCUGCAGGAGACCACGCAGACAAGCUGAGCUUGUACAGCGAGACAGAUAGCGGCUAUGGCUCCUACACCCCAAGCCUCAAGUCCCCCAAUGGGGUUCGGGUGCUGCCCAUGGUGCCGGCGCCACCAGGCUCGUCGGCUGCCGCGGCCCGUGGUGCCGCCUGCUCGUCGCUGUCCUCGUCCUCAAGCUCCAUCACGUGCCCGCAGUGCCACCGCAGCGCCUCUUUGGACCACCGCGGUCUGCGCGGCUUCCAGCGCAACCGGCUGCUAGAGGCCAUCGUGCAACGGUACCAGCAGGGCCGCGGGGCCGCGCCCGGGGCCUCCGCUCCCGCGCCCGUGGCCAUCUGCCAGUUGUGUGACCGCACCCCGCCGGAGCCGGCCGCCACGCUCUGCGAGCAGUGCGACGUGCUGUACUGUGCUGCCUGCCAGCUCAAGUGCCAUCCAUCCCGGGGACCCUUCGCUAAGCAUCGCCUGGUGCAGCCGCCGCCGCCUCCUGCCCCCGCCGAGGCUACCUCGGCGUCCCCUGGCACGGCCCAGGGCGCCCCCAGUGGAGGCGGUGGCUGCAGGAGCCCCGGGGGCGCAGCGGCAGGGGGCAGUACAACCCGGAAGUUCCCCACGUGUCCCGAACACGAAAUGGAGAACUACAGUAUGUACUGUGUGAGCUGCCGAACCCCAGUGUGUUACCUGUGCCUGGAAGAGGGCCGGCACGGCAAGCACGAGGUGAAGCCCCUGGGGGCCAUGUGGAAACAGCACAAGGCACAACUAUCUCAGGCCUUAAAUGGAGUUUCAGAUAAGGCGAAAGAAGCAAAGGAGUUUCUCGUUCAGCUCAAGAACAUCCUGCAGCAGAUCCAGGAAAAUGGCCUGGACUAUGAAGCCUGCUUGGUGGCUCAGUGUGAUGCUCUGGUUGAUGCUUUGACUCGGCAGAAAGCCAAGCUUCUCACCAAGGUGACUAAAGAGAGAGAGCACAAAAUGAAGAUGGUUUGGGACCAGAUCAAUCACUGCACACUGAAGCUGCGCCAGUCCACAGGGCUGAUGGAGUACUGCCUGGAGGUGAUCAAGGAGAAUGACGCCUCUGGGUUCCUGCAGAUCUCAGAUGCUCUGAUCAAGCGUGUGCAGGUGUCUCAGGAACAGUGGGUCAAAGGAGCCCUGGAGCCCAAAGUGUCUGCAGAGUUCGACCUGACCUUGGACAGCGAGCCGCUGCUGCAGGCCAUCCACCAGCUGGACUUCAUUCAGAUGAAAUGUAGGGUGCCGCCCGUCCCCCUGCUGCAGCUCGAGAAGUGCUGCACCCGCAACAACAGUGUCACCCUGGCCUGGAGGAUGCCACCCUUCACCCACAGCCCUGUGGAUGGCUACAUCCUGGAGCUGGAUGACGGCGAUGGGGGCCAGUUCCGGGAAGUGUACGUUGGCAAGGAGACCCUGUGUACAAUUGAUGGUCUUCACUUCAACAGCACCUACAACGCCAGGGUCAAAGCUUUCAACUCCUCUGGCGUUGGGCCUUACAGCAAAACCGUUGUCCUGCAGACAUCCGAUGUGGCCUGGUUCACAUUUGACCCUAACUCUGGGCACCGGGACAUCAUUUUAUCCAAUGACAACCAGACAGCCACUUGCAGCAGCUACGAUGAUCGAGUGGUGCUAGGCACAGCUGCCUUCUCCAAGGGCGUGCACUACUGGGAGCUGCACGUGGACCGGUAUGACAACCACCCCGAUCCUGCCUUCGGAGUGGCCAGGGCCAGCGUGGUCAAGGACAUGAUGCUGGGCAAGGACGACAAGGCCUGGGCCAUGUACGUGGACAACAACCGCAGCUGGUUCAUGCACUGCAACUCCCACACGAACAGGACAGAAGGAGGCGUGUGCAAGGGGGCCACCGUCGGCGUGCUGCUGGACCUGAAUAAGCACACCCUGACCUUCUUUAUCAAUGGGCAGCAGCAGGGCCCCACAGCCUUCAGCCAUGUGGACGGUGUCUUCAUGCCAGCCCUCAGCCUCAAUCGCAACGUGCAGGUCACCCUGCACACAGGAUUGGAAGUGCCAACAAACCUGGGGCGGCCAAAGCCGUCAGGCAAUUAG